UAUCCUUCUCGAGGGAGAAACUCAAACUGGCGCUGGUUCUCCCCGCCCCUCCGCUCACGCGCUCACCUACUUUAGCUCAACAUACCAGCUCGUGCGCGCUCAAUCCGGUAAAUCUGGAUGUGGAAGUCUCUUCGACUGUCUGAAUGAGUUCUGAACCAUAAGACGUCAAGAUCUACAUUUAUUUUUUGAUCUGUAAAGGGACGUGUUUACCUCGUUCGACUGAGUGAGCGAGAAAUGAAUUAUUUAAGGAAAAAUGUCUCAGGCAAUUUUUCCCUUCCUUCCGACUCACUGAUGCCGAUGUCUUCGAAGGAAGUGAACUUCAGCUGUACUUUCGAUGAGGAGUUCAAGUAUAUUCUUCUGCCCGUUUCAUAUUCCCUGGUGUGUUUCUUCGGACUAAUCCUUAACUCUGUGGCUCUGUGGAUGUUCAUCACUAAGAUGAGGCCUUGGAAACCCAGUACGGUGUACAUGUUUCAUCUGGCCCUGUCAGACACGCUGUAUGUGCUCUCCUUGCCUAUGCUCAUAUACUACUAUGCAAACCGCAGCCACUGGCCUUUUGGCGUUGUCCUCUGUAAGAUCGUACGGUUUCUUUUUUAUGCCAACUUAUACUGCAGCAUCCUUUUUCUCACUUGCAUCAGUGUGCAUCGCUACCUUGGCAUCUGUCACCCUAUUCGUUCUCUGACUUUAAUAAAGCCACGCCAUGCACACAUGGUCUGUGGUUUUGUCUGGACAGCGGUGAUAGCCUGCCUGGUGCCCACGCUCAUUUUAGUCAAUACUUCUAGAAAUGGAAAUAGCACUUUGUGUCACGACACAAGUCGCCCUGAAGAAUUUCACAACUUCGUAACCUACAACUCUGUGGUAAUGGUGUUGCUUUUUAUUCUGCCAUUUCUAGUCAUCGUGGUUUGCUACUGUUUAAUGGCACGGGCCCUUUGCCAACCCCGAAAGGGCCUGGCCCAAAAUCAACAAAGUUCAUCCCGGAAGAAGUCCAUUAAACUCAUCAUAGUGGUAUUGGUUGUGUUUGCAAUCUGCUUUGUUCCCUUCCACAUCACUCGCACCCUCUACUACGCCUAUCGUAUUUUUGACGCAGAUUGCAAGACUCUUAAUAUUGUCAACUUUUCAUAUAAAAUCACUCGUCCGCUUGCUAGUGUCAACAGCUGUUUGGACCCUAUCCUCUACUUCCUGGCAGGGGAUCACUACCGCUCUAAACUCCUCCGAGUGCUCACUAGACAGACUCCGAACACUCGUUCUACUGCGUAUGAGUACGCACCUAAUGGCAAAAACAUCGAACUGGCCUUUAAGAACCCAGAUGCCCAAGCUGGCAGUGAUUCGAGACUCUAGAGCAACAUACCCAGACAUUUUGGGUAAUCGUUUUUAAAAACAGUUCUGGACGACUGCCUCAAAUAUUAUUAUAAAUCCCAAGUGUACUCUAUCAACAGCUGUGUCUUCAGAGCCAGGCAUUCAGAAGAAUUCAGGACAGUCUUGUUGUAUACAAUGCAGGGGAGAUAAAGGAGACUCUCUGGAGGAAAGGAUGUGGUGUCUGUUCGCUUUUGUGCACUCCUAAUGUUUUUCUCGUUCAGUGUGAUUGUGGGUAAUGUAGAGCAGCUCAUUUCUUGAAAGCACCGAUGGCCAAUCACUCCUGCGGGUUACUUGUAAUGUUGAAGUUUCUCACUGUUGGUCAAGGACAGAACUUGGCAGUGUUGGGGUUCUGUCAACAUUGGAAACAAAACACACUCUAUAUCCCAGAGGUGGACUCUGGCCUGAGACUGUUACUACAGAAGUGCCAGCACAAAGCCUUUUGUGUGUUCUGAUAUGACUGAAGGUCCUAUAUUAGGAAAUGAAGGUGUGAAAUCUACUAAGGACUGGAGUUCUGUAGUAUUUCAUCAAUACUAAAAAAAUCUGUUGUGAUUUUAUCAGAGAAUACCUUUUUAUUUUACAUAUUAUGUUGAUGCAUUUUAAAAGAGAGAGAGAAAAUGCUGUUAAAUAUAAUUUAUUUGAAGUUAAAUGAUAUGGCAAGCUGCUUUAACAUUGAAUCUAUAAACCAUGUAGGUUAUCUAUUUUCAUGCUACCUAUUUCUAUAGAUACUAUUUUUUUCAAGUUUUAGCACUUAUUCCUUAGCUACUACUGCUUAAUUUUAAGAGGAAAGGGCUAGUAGGGAUGAAUUACAGUGGGAUUUGGGGGUGGGGACCCCAUAAAUUAACGCUUGAUCCCCCAUUUAAGGACGCCAAAACAAAACGUGUGGGGGAAGGUCUUAAACUUUACAUUUUGGAAAAAUAGUUUGCACUGAUCUGUAUCUUUAUAUAAUAACAAAUAUUAAGUUAAUAUAAAUAUAAAAUUGACCACCCCUAUAAUGGUUUAUAUUCUUGUCAAUACAUGAUCACGCCCAUCAGGGAUGCAGGAAAAUAUUUAGUCAGUGGUCUGAAUCUGGCAGAUCUAACUUGAUGAUAGAAACUGUAAGUGUUCAAAAAACACUUUUAUUGCUAAAUAGAUGUUUGUAUCCUCAUGUACAGAAAAGGUCAGAAUUAUUAGCCCUCCUGUUUAUUUUUUCCCUAAUUUGUUUAACGGAGAGAAUAUUUUUUUAGCACAUUUCUAAACCACAGGUUUAAUAACUAAUUUCUAAUAACUGAUUUAUUUUAACUUUGCCAUGAUGACAGUACAUAAUUAUUUACUAGACAUUUUUUCAAGACACUUCUAUACAGCUUAAAGGGACAUUUAAGUGCUUAACUAAUUUAAUUCUGUUAACUAGGCAGGUUAGGGUCAUUAGGCAAGUUAUUGUAUAUUAAUGGUUUGUUCUGUAGACUAUCGAAAAAAAAUGUUAUAAAAUACUUUUAAAAAAUUAUAAUUUUGACCUUAAAAUGUUUUUCAAAAAAUUAAAAACUGCUUUUGAUUCUAGCCAAAAUAAAACAAAUAAGACUUUCUCUAGAAGAAAAAAAUGUUAUCAGAUUAUCAAAUAUUAUCUGUGAAUAUUUCAUUGUUCUUUUUAACAUUAUUUCUGAAAUAUUUAAAAAAGAAAAAGGCUAAUAAGUCUGACUUCAACUGUAGCUGAAAAAUAAAGUCAGAGUAGAUUUAUAGGCUUAGUUUUACAAACAGGGUUUAGGUUAAUUAAGGUAUUUAAGUCGCUUUAAUAAAAAUCCUCCUACAAAAACUAAUUUUAGAUGGCACAAGCAUGCAAUUUAAUCUACACUGUA